GACCGACCGUCGAAUAGGAAUAGAACUCGGAUUAGACCAUCUCUCAGACCAAUUCACCACGCAGCUGUCUCAUAACCCUCUUCUAGCCUCAAGUACGGCCAGAAGAUCCGGUUGAGACUUCCAGAAAAAUGGCCGCAUCAAGUAGAGGUAGCAGGGCUGCUGCAGCUCUUCUAAGGAGGAAUGGAAAUGUAUGCGCCAGCUGCAGGACAACCCAAUUCUUUCGACCCUACUCCGCAGCCGCCGAAGCUGCUCAGUCCGCAGAGGCACAUCACUUGAAACCGCAAGAGACGAUACCUCACCCGCCCGUCACGGCCUCCCGAAAGGCAGAGUACCGCAUAAAAUCUGGCAUCAUCCUGUCACGUGCGCCUUUGCUCACCAGGGCUCUGACGCCUUUCGAAAACGCCUUCUUCUUCUACCAGAAACGUUUGAACGAGCGAUUAACCACCGAGUUCCGCCAUACCCUCUUCUUCAAGGAGAACACCGUCCCCGAUCUCGAUUGGAACAUCAAAUUCAAGGAGCGAGGUCAGAUAGCCGCCAAGGAGCUUGGUAGAUACUUCGCACAGGGUCGUAAUGCGUGGAAUGACGAGCUUCUGGUCGGAAGUACCCUGAGCGACGAAAGCCGCAUACGAGAUAUCCUCGUAAAGGACGCCGAAUGGCGUGUCACUGAGGAUGGAGAGACCGCAAAGCCUGACGAGAUUGUCCCCGUGGAGAAGCCCUUGGACAGGGUUACCGAGGCCGACAAGACCAACGACGUCAGGAGGUUAGAUCGAAAGCUCGACCAGACCCUCUACUUGGUUGUCCAAUCCGGUAAUGGAAACUGGUCCUUCCCCACCGACGAUGUGCCAACAGAUGAGAACUUGCAUCAGGCCGCGCAAAGAGUACUGGACUCCACUGCUGGUGUCAACAUGAACACAUGGUUGGUCGGCCGCGUGCCUGUAGCCCACCACGUCCAACAACCCGAGUUCAACGAGGACACAUCUAUCAAGGCGAGGGGAGAGAAGACUUUCUUCCUCAAGGGAAGAAUCAUGGCUGGACAGGCCAACCUGACGGGCAACAAGUUGGGAUACAAGGACUUUAAUUGGUUGACGAAAGACGAGCUGAAGGACAAGUUCUCCUCCCCCUAUUUCCGUUCCGUCAAGAACAUGAUGGCCGAUAGGUAAUCCAUGUACAUUGGAAUUGGUCGCGUCUAACCAAAGGUGAAGGCCACUUGUAAUUUAGAACCAAUGUGUACAACACAAGAUAUGUAUACUAUUGUAUUGUACCAUUAACUUCGUGCUGUACAGGUUUUGCUGUUGUGCUUAGGGUGUACUGGUGUGUUGCGACUUUGUUACACAGCGGAUCAACUACCAGCACAAAGUGCCUUGUGUUCUAGAUAGAGCUCAACGUGCCAUUAGGCACUGCUCAAAAAACUGUUCUCUGUACUUCAAAUUAAUCCAGCCAUUCUAGACAUGGUUGUCCGCCAUUAGUCGGCCAAUCGUCUGCUUGAGGACGUAUGCGUUGGAGUGGCAAGAGCUUUGGCAGUUCUGGUUCGGACCUUGCACAUUCCACACCUGCAC